AUGGGGACCUCCGACGCUACUAGUGAGCUCUGGGAGGACAUGGACAGGGCCUUAGGCCAGCUGUUCAUGAUGGGCUUCGAUGGGACGGCGGUGACUCCUCAAAUACGUACUCUUAUACAGGAACAUCAUCUUGGGUCGAUCCUAUUGACAGCCAAGAAUCUUAAGUCUGCCGAAGACACAAGCGCUCUUGUUUACGAAUUACAAAAGUGUGCUUUUGAUGCAGGCCACCCGGUGCCUCUACUCAUUGGCAUCGACCAAGAAAAUGGAGGUGUCAACUCUCUCUUCGAUGACAUAUUCAUUCGACAAUACCCAUCAGCUAUGGGAAUUGCUGCUUCAGGAGACCCUGAACUUGCAUACAAAGUCGCAAAAGCCAGUGCAGAAGAAAUUUCGGCAUGCGGAGUGAACUGGAUUAUGGGACCCUGCCUGGAUGUUCUCACCAACACACGAAAUCAGCCGCUUGGAGUCCGCACGACUGGUGAUGAUCCAGUACAAUGCUCUGAGUACGGAGUUGCAUUCAUGAAAGGCUACCAGGAAGCUGGUAUCUGCACCAUGGGCAAGCAUUUCCCAUCAUACGGCAAUCUUGAGUUCUUAGGCUCUUCUCUGGAUGUCCCUACGAUCACGGAAUCUUUGGAACAGCUCAGCUUGAGCGCUUUGAUACCCUUCCGCGACGCCAUCAAACAAGGACUCGACUCUAUCAUGGUUGGAGGUUGCGCAAUGUCAUCAGCUGGACUCAAUGUCAUGCACGCUUGUCUUUCAGAUCGAGUUGUAGAUGGAUUAUUGAGGAAGGAGCUUGGCUUUGACGGAGUUGUUGUUAGCGAAUGUCUUGAGAUGGACUCGCUCUGUCAGAACAUUGGUGUCAACGGUGGCACAGUCAUGGCUGCGAAUGCUGGCUGUGAUAUCCUUCUGCUUUGCAGAUCAUUCCAGCACCAAUUGGAAGCCAUCAACGGCUUCAAGCUUGGCUUGGAAAACUCAAUGAUCACCACCGACAGAGUUCGUCGGUCUCUCAACAGAGUGCUGGCAAUGAAGUCAAGAUGCACAUCUUGGGAGAAAGCCCUAAAUCCCCCAGGUGUUAGUCUCUUGUCGAGACUUCAGCCAUCGCACACGAGUCUAUCGACCAAGGCAUACAACUCGAGUAUAACCGUCGUCAGAGACCAGAAUGGCUUCUUACCCCUAACAAACAUCAUUGAGCCGGAAGAAGAACUGCUACUUCUCACACCACUUGUAAAGCCUCUCGCUGCUUCUGCAGCUGCACGUGAAAUAUCAUCACAUACUUCUGUUGAUUCGCCGGAACCACAAUGGGAGCGAGGCAACCCAGGUCUGAGUGGCGAAAGAGUGUUCCGCGAGCUCGGUAGAUCUCUUGCUCGCCAAAGGACUGGCAGAGUCCUCCACACCAGCUAUACAGCAAACGGAGUUCGACCUCAGCACGAGAGCCUGAUCAACCGAGCAAGUGCUGUCAUCGUUGUCACAGCGGAUGCCAAUAGGAACAUGUACCAGAACGGCUUCACGAAACACGUUUCGAUGAUUUGCAACAUGCAGUAUACGGCUGGCGGCGAGAAGAAGACCAAGCCUUUGAUCGUUGUGGCUGUCAGUUCGCCUUACGAUUUCUCUACAGAUACGUCGAUCGGAACAUAUGUCUGUACGUACGACUUCACAGAGACCGCACUGGUGUCACUUGUCAAGGUAUUGCACGGCGAUAUCACGCCGACUGGCUCGUUGCCUGGCACAAUCAGCCGUAGUGAAAAGCUUACUCAGUCAAAAACACAUUGGCUAGUUGAAAUCUUCAACGAAGAACGAGAUGCACUGGCCUUGGAUACAUUGAUCAAAGAGAUCAUCGAAUGGUCAUCACCAAACCAACGAUCAGAGCUCAGAGGAGCAACUUCGAACUCUUUCCUCUUGCGUCAACAAAAUGUUCUGGAAACGCAUUUUGUCGUCCGCAAUAGCAGCACAUCAGCUUUGUACGGAUUCUGCUCAACGUACUUUUUCAAAUCUACCGGCACCGGAGCGAUUGGCGCUCUCUUCGUCGACCCAGGAAGACGCAAAUUAUCUAUUGGGCAAAGUUUGCACGAUCGUGCUAUCAGAACCCUGCUGCAGAGAGAAGGCAUCAAGCGCUUCCAACUAGGCUCCAGGCUACCGAGCAUAUACCUCGGUAUUCCAUCUGACCACAGCUCCGAACGCAAACGUCUACGCUCGUGGUUCGCAAACGUAGGCUGGAACACUGCCCUCUCGCGCCCUGUCUGCAGCAUGAUCAUGCGCAACCUACAAUCCUGGUCUCCGCCAGAGGGGAUGGCACAAUCACUCCAAGGCGCUAGUGCAGAAUUCGAUCUCGUCAGAGGAUGGGAACAUUCACGAGCAAUCUUCGACCACAUAAAGACAAACAACCGCCAAGGACUGGCCGAAGUCUACAAGCUCGCUCUCUCAGACCCGAAUUCCUGCGGCAUUGUGCGUGCUAUACGUCCAGAAGACGGCAGCAUAGUAGGCACGGUAAUCCUCUACAACGCCACAUCCGCACUCGCCGAAUUCAUCCCCGCCCUCAAAGACGAAGGCUCAGAGUACGAAGUGUCUGUAAGUGGUGGUGUCAGUUCUCCAGUGAUAUCACCUUCUGCAGGCGAGUAUGCAACCAUUUUGCAGAGUUUAAUCUUGUUGGGAGUAAAGCAAGUCAAGAAGUCAGGAUGUGCAAGUUGUGUCUUGGAUUAUAUGGACGGAGAUGGUAAUUUCGAUGGACUCUCGGCUAUGGGAUUCAGUACUAUGCAUACGUUUGAGGAGGUCAGCUGUGAUGCGGCGACGAUCAAGUCGAAGUAA